GCUCCCGCCUUGAAACCCCUGAGAAUGGAAAUGUUCCAAUGGUGCACCUUGAACAGUACCAGCCGUAGGAAAACUGCCAGUGCUCUAGCUGUAUACACCCUCUCACACGACAGCGAAUAGUUAGCACACUUAUGCUACCUAAAGACGUCCAAGCAAAUGCCGUAGGUAUCAGUUCUGAACAGGCUACAGUACAAUGGUCAGAUGGGCAUACUGGAGUCUACCCCCAUUCUUGGUUGAAAGACCAUCAAUUACCACCAGCUCUUCGCCCCAGUCAGGAGAUUUUGAACUUUAGGGAGUUUAAAUAUGUGUCUGACGACUUUAACCACCCAACGGUUGACUUUCAAGAAGUCAUGGAAACUUCAGAUGGCCUUGCUCUUUGGCUCGCGCAUAUUGUUGAUUAUGGCUAUUGUAUGGUUCGGGGCGUUCCAUUGGAACCGGAAAUUACGCAGGGCCUUCUAGAAAGGAUCGCAUUCAUCCGACAUACGCAUUAUGGCGGCUUUUGGGACUUUACAUCGGACUUGACAUAUAAAGAUACCGCAUACACUUCCGAAGCCCUCGACGUCCAUACCGACAACACAUAUUUCUCGGACCCGGCAAGGUUGCAAUUAUUCCAUCUGCUGUCUCACACAGGAGGAGAAGGUGGUGAAACCUUACUUGUCGAUGGAUUUCGCGCGGCAGCAGUCAUGUAUGCAGAAAGCCAGGCCAACGUAAAAGCCCUCGCAAAUAUUCCACAGCCCUGGCACUCAAGCGGCAAUGACGAUGUUUGUAUUCAGCCCUAUCAAUUGUUUCCCGUCUUUGAAAGAGAUGAAUCCACCGCGAUACUUCGUAGAAUUCGCUGGAACAACUAUGAUCGUGCCGUCAAAGUUGACUGGACACCGCAAGAAGCCGAGUUGUGGUACGAAGCUGCACGGCAUUACAAUAACAUUAUCAAUCGAGCGAAUAUAAAGAUCAAAAUGCAGCUUGAGCCGGGAACAGCGUUUAUUUUUGAUAACUGGAGAAUGCUUCAUGGGCGUACCGAGUUCCGAGGAAAGCGUAGGAUGUGUGGCGGAUACAUAAACAACGAUGAUUUCAUCUCUCGGUAUCGACUCCUCCGAGACGGAAGGGAGAAAACAUUGAACAAAAUAGGAACACUUGACACUCGAAUUACGUGCUAACACGGUGUCGGUUAACAACAUUUGAAACCCCAAAACUCUUGAUCAAACCAGUUGAGGACUAGCUCUAGAAAAAAAGUUGUGUAU